ACGAGUUUUCCCCCUUUUUUAUUUCUCUGAUUUUGUGUGUCUCGCUACUGUGGUUACCAUUUUGCAUGACAGACAGACAUACGGGUAUUAUAAUAUAGAUGGUAUCUUCACAGAUUCACUAUUUAAUAAAAUGACUUGAACAUGGAUGCUGUUGUGUCGUCCAAUGCAACAGAAUAUUAUCUUGUAAAGAAGGCAAUGGAUACUCAAAUUGGUGCUUUUAAUGCAGCUCGAAGCAAAUCUACUCGAGGUAUAAACAUGCAGGCUACAGGGUUACGUCAUCUAGACCCGGAAACAGAUUUUAAAGUACAACGCAUAGCGUCGAAAGUGAACGAGUCGAUUCAUUUGGCUGCAAAUGAACCGUCUUUAGGAUUAUUUCGAAUUCAAGAGCAUGUCUGUAGAACACUUCCACAUUUGGUGCAAAGAAAAUCUGAGUUAAAAGCAAAUGCUGUACAAAUUGAAGAAGCUGUUUAUGAUCUAAAUCUGUCGAUGAAUGUUAUUGAGUCAAUAUCAAAAAUCAAAAAUUUCACUCGAAUACAAGAAGCUCUAAAAACUGCAAUAAAAAUGAAAAGGGAGUUAAAUCUUGUUGAAGAGCAAGAAGCCGCCCGGCUAGAACUAGAUUUAAAAAACGCGCAACAUGCUAACAGAUCUAUAUCUCAAAAUGAACCAGCUGAAGGUUAUAUCUGUCCUGUUUGUUAUUUUGCCCUUACAAGCCAAGACGAAUUGAUCUUUCACUGGCAAAAGUCGCAUAGUUUACAGAAUUACGACAACGAAGUCUUUCAGGAAGUUGAAUUACCAUCAGAAGUGACUAGUGCAGAGAAUGCAUUCGUUGUGAAUGAUGACAAUGAUAUGACUGUCAUUGACAUGCCAGGGAGAAGUCACAUUAGUGAAUGUGAAGAUGUAGUUCGUAGUUUUCGCGAGUCCUCUGGAAUGAUAACGGAGCGGUCAGAUGUUGAUGCCAGUGAUGGUAGUGGCGACAUCGAAGAAGCUCAUGUUGUUGCAAAUAAAUUAUGAUUUUUUAUUUAAAUGUUUGUAAAAUUUCCUGUGUAGAUUUUUUCUUCAUAAAAUAUGAGGGCUUUCAAUAGUUCGUAAAAUAGAAAAGUAUAUAAUACUUUGGAAA